UACAGUGAGCGCAUCCGGGUCAAGAGUCACUUCCGGUUCCGCCUAGCAACCAGUGGACCUUCUCGAGUGUUUGUGUCGCUGUUCGCUGCUGGAUUUCGGGGGGAGAAGAUGAGUGAGGUAGAAGAAACUCUGAAAAGGAUUCAGUCUCACAAAGGUGUGAUUGGUACCAUAGUUGUGAAUUCUGAAGGAAUCCCAAUUAGGACAACUUUGGACAACUCCACCACUGUGCAAUAUGCAGGACUAUUCCAUCAACUUGCCAUAAAAGCAAGAAGCACUGUCCGAGAUAUCGAUCCACAGAAUGACUUGACAUUCCUGCGAGUCCGAUCAAAAAAACAUGAGAUAAUGGUUGCACCAGAUAAGGAAUACCUUCUAAUCGUCAUCCAGAAUCCAAGUGAAUGAAGUCAGAAUGGAUAUCUAAAAGGCAUCAAGGAGAACAUUCAAUUGUUAGACUAAAAUUAUUAUAAGUUAUUAGUGAAAACUGAAUUUCUGAGUAGUUAUGAACCAAAUGUUCUUAACAUGUUUUUUGUUUAAAACACUUUAAAAAUAAAUAACAAUGCUGUGCACCUUGA